GAUUCGGACGGGCGAGCGUAGAUCUAUUCGCCUCGCGCGAAAACUGCCAUUGUCCUAUGUUCUUCUCUCUAAGGGACAUGGACGCGCCCCUCGGGGUAGACGCACUGGCCCACCCAUGGCCGAGAGUGCUCCUGUAUGCUUUUCCUCCCCUGUGCCUGAUAAUUCCCACAUUGGCCAGGGUGAGAGGGCAGGGCCUGUCUCUCAUUCUGAUAGCACCCAGAUGGCCCAAAGCACCGUGGCUGGCGGAGAUAAUCCCUCUGUUAUACGCCGAGCCAUUGUGCCUUCCCGUUCGCACGGAUCUAUUAUCCCAAGCCAACGGGGAGAUUUACCACCCCCACCCGGACAGGGUGGCUCUCUGGGCCUGGCCCGUGAGAGGACGAACCUGAACGCACUUGGGCUUUUGCCGCGUGUGGUCACCACUAUUCAGAAUGCCAGGGCCGUCUCGACACGGUCCUUAUAUGGCUGUAAGUGGCAAGUGUUCGAGGGGUGGUGUGAUGGGCGCGGUAUCACAUCUUAUCAGUGUUCAGUUCCUGAUAUUUUGUGUUUCCUUCAAAACCUCAUGGAUAAAGGCAGGUCCUUUUCCACCAUUAAGGUCUACUUGGCUGCUAUUUCAGCCUGUCAUGUGGGUUUUGAGGGCUCGACCGUCGGUCAGCACCCUCUAAUCCGCAGAUUUAUGAAGGGUGCACGCCGCUCUUUGCCAGUCGUCAGGAGAACUGUCCCGGAGUGGGACCUCUCCAUGGUGCUGGAAGCUCUGUCUCAACACCCUUUUGAGCCUUUGGAUAGUAUAUCCCUUAAGCUGCUGUCUCUCAAGACAGUUUUGCUUUUGGCCUUGGCAUCUGCUAAACGUGUCAGUGAGCUACAUGCACUCUCGGUUCAUCCCUCGUGCUCUAAGUUCUCUCUUAGUGGAGAUAAGGUCUUCCUUAAGCCUAACCCGGCCUUCAUGCCGAAGUGCUUCCCUGCGUUCACUUCGGAGGUGUUGGAGCUGUCCGCUUUUCACCCUCCACCUUUUACCUCUCUAGAGGAUCAGAGGCUGAACGCUCUGUGUCCAGUCCGUGCCUUACAGGCAUAUAUGACGAGGACGAAUGCUUUCCGGAAGAGCGACCAGCUCUUUGUUUCAUGGGCUCCCCCUCACUUAGGGAGUCCAAUUUCGAAGCAACGCCUCUCACAUUGGGUUGUGGAUGCUAUUACCAUGGCUUACAAAGCAAAGGGAGUGCAGCCCCCUAGGGGCAUCAGAGCUCAUUCCACAAGAGGUUUAGCCACCUCUUGGGCUCUGUUUAGGGGAGUGUCACUGCAGGACAUCUGCUCCGCUGCCAGUUGGGCUUCUCCUCAUACCUACCGGCUGGAUGUCACCAGUACCUCGGUAGCACAUUCGGUUCUAGGGGUGGGGUCGUCUUAGCCCCUCCCUGUAACCCUGUUGGUAUAUAUAACCAUUAGGAGUGAAUGGGCUGACUGGCCAUGUUCAUUCCUGUCACCAAUCACCAAUCACUCCCCCUUUCGGGUAUAGAUUAUGUCUUUGUGGGUUGGGGUUACUAUCUCGCAUGUGUCCCAUGCGUAUUUCAUGUCCUGCUUGUCCACAUUAGUUAGGUGUGGUUUCACCUUCGCAGGCUCAUGAUUAAGGGACGUGUCAGGCACCGCCUCCCCGAGGUGACCGUCCUUCUCUGGCUCCAGAACCUCACUGUGAGUGUAUUGGGCAAUCGGGGAGCUGUCCAUGUCUCUCCCAUAGGUGGAUCUCGAACACGAGAUGAUGAAAGAGAACAAUAGGUUACU